AUAAAUAUGGGUAGUGUAAGAUAUAAACACCUUAAUAACAUCACACGCCAGAUUUGGGAAUGGUGUGAGAAUAGACAUAUUUUUAUAGUAGCUUCAUGUAUAAAUACAAGAGAUAAUUUAUCUAGACUAUGAGUUAUCGGGUUUGGCUUUUCGAGAAAUCUGUUCCAGUUCGGAAAACGGACUGUGGAUUUAUUCGCGACAUAG